AGGGGCGAGGUGCCUAUUGCGAAAAUGAUUGGUUGACGAAACAAUGGCCUUGGCUGGCCUUGUGUUGUGACGUCAAAAUAUUAUUUUUUUUUACACCGAGGGGUUUUCCUGUUUAUCUUCAUGGCUUAGGCCUAAAGGGGGACUAUAGCCUGGAGGAGAGGGGCUAAUGUGGCCAUCUUCAACUCAAGUGACUAGUAUAGUUGACCAUCAAGUCUUUCGUGCUAGAACUUCGUUGGUGAUCUGAAUCUGUGAUCAUCGUAAAGAAGAUCACGUGGAACAUGGACAAAAACAAGAAUACCGUGCAUCACCAGAUCCAAACUGACUAUGAUGUUGGCCUAAGUAUAGAGUGUACCGAAGAGAUUGAUGACUGUCAGCCUGUUCAAGUUAAAUGUGAGCCUGUCAAUAAUGAAGAAGUGGAUUCAUCUGAUCAGGUCAUGGAUGAUAAACAUGUAGGGUGUCGUAUCAAAACAGAACCAUGUGAUGAUGCAGAAAAUGAAGAGGCUGGAUAUACUGCGAAAAGAAAUCUUGGUCACGUAGACUCAAAUCUCGCUGCUGAGGGGGGUAUGGAACAGUGUGUUUCUGUUAAGACUGAACCUUAUGAUCAGAUAGAACCUUGUGAUGAUCUUGUUAUAUUUGAACCAAGUAGGUCUGAUAACAUGGUGUCAACAUUUCAAUAUGAAAAAUCUUCCACCAACUAUCCAGAUCAAAUGCAAACUGACCCAGAUUGUAGCAUUCCAUUUGAAGUGGAUGAAUAUGAAUGUACAGAAUUACAAGAUUUGGGAUCAAAACAAGUUUGUAUCAAAACCGAAAACUUGGUUGAAAACAAUAAAAGUGUCAAAAAGGAACUAAAUUCUAGUAGCAGUGGUAGCACUGCCUUCUCUGACGGUCCGACAAAUAUGUAUGUAUUCCCUCAAGCUACUGCAACUUCUGACUCCAAGCAUGUAAAACAGAGGUUGUCGGGGCUGGCUAGCUUAGAUGGUACGGGUGAUGAGGAGAGCGUAGGGUCUCCGUCUUAUUGCCAACCAAACUUUUCUGCUGCACCUCGGCCAGGACAGCUUCCGAUUCAUGUUGUUGAUUCGUUACACCGUGAUAAGAUGAAAAUGGAGGAGGAGACUGGAGUUACUUGUACAUGUAUACCCAAUUUACAUAUGCAGCCAACAGCAACCCAGCAUGAGCCCGAAACUGAAGCUUUAGAUCUCAGCCAGACUGCUGGUCAGUCCACUGGUGAACCUUCCCCAGUGUGUGUCAUCAUCAGAAACGCUCAGGGCUCCAAAAGCAAGCAAGCAACAACGAUCUGCAAAUCUUCAGUUUUGUUUUAUUCACAGGCAGAUCCAUUCAAUUGGGACGAGUCUUCAAAUUCUCAAAGUUCAGAAAAUGUUAUGUCUCCAUUGCUUCUGCAAGGUGGUGCAGAGUUUGACAUUGCAAAACAACAUGGCAAACACCUCGAAUCUCAUUCGUGCAAAUUUUGCGACGUACAAUUUGCAAACUUUGGAUUCCUUCAAGAUCAUGAAUCUGUCUGUGUAAAGAGAAAACAACACAAAUGCAGUUAUUGUCGAAAAGAGUUUGCGCUGAAAAAAUAUGUUAUUCGACAUGAACGCAUUCACACAGGAGAAAAGCCAUUCGGAUGUGCGCAUUGUGAGAUGAGGUUUACUCAGAAACCAAGUCUAAUAGUACACCUGCGUACUCACACCGGAGAAAGACCAUUCAAGUGCGAAUAUUGUGAGAUGUGUUUCACCGACAAGAAGAAUCUCAAGCGCCAUGAACGUAUUCACACUGGUGAAAAACCAUUCGGUUGCAGCCUUUGUGAGAGGCGAUUUACCCAGAAGCAGCACCUUUUAGUCCACGAGCGUACUCACACUGGUGAAAAACCUUUCAGUUGUGAACUUUGUGAAAAGACAUUUUCAGUUCGAGGUAACCUUUUGCUUCAUCAGCGUGUUCACACUGGUGAAAAACCAUUUCGUUGCGGCUUUUGUGACGAGAGUUUCACUGUGAAGAGUCGUUGUACAGAACAUGAGCGUAUUCACACGGGUGAGACACCAUUUGAAUGUACGCAUUGUGGCAAGGCUUUCAUUGGUAGACGUAAUCUUACACAGCACGAACGUUCUCACACUGGGGAAAAGCCAUUCGCUUGUGAUUAUUGUGAUAUGUCAUUUCCAAACAAGAGUCGCCUUUCCCUGCAUGAAAGUAUUCAUACAGGUGAUAGACGAUUCAAAUGUCCACAUUGUGAGAGAACCUUUAACACAAAGGGUCGUUGUGCAGAACAUGAGCGUGGUCACACUGGUGAGAAGCCAUUUCAAUGCAACCAUUGUGAAAAGGCCUUUGGUAGUAAACGCCAUCUUACACAACAUCAACUCAUUCACAUUCACACCGAGGAGAGACCAUUCAAAUGUGGACACUGCGAGAGGGGGUUUACUUAUAAGAGCGUCCUUGUGCAACAUGAGCGUAUUCACACUGGAGAAAAGCCUUUUAGGUGUGGACAUUGUGAGAAAGGGUUUACAAGUAACGCAAAGCUCGAACGACACGAACGUAUUCACACUGGAGAGAAACCAUUCCCGUGUACUCAGUGUGAGAUGAGGUUUACUGAGAAGGGUCAACUCACGCGACACUGGCGUAUUCACACUGGAGAAAAACAAUGCAAAUGUUCGCAGUGCGGGAAAGGGUUCGCCAGUAAAGCAAAGCUUGACCAACACGAACGAGUUCACGAUUGCUUAUAUGUUGAUGAAUUGCCCAUGUCGCUUUCAGAUUAUACAGUUAAUAAGGCCAAAAAAAGUUAAUGAUAUGUUUCUGGUAUCAUGGUCAACUGAAAAUGGAUGCGGUCAUGCGGGGUUUUUUUCUGUGAUAAUUUUGAUUAUUUUAGUUAGCUAUAAAUUUGGCGAUAUCCAAUCUACUAUUACACAGAGGUAAAAUGGAAGGAACAAAUGCAUUUAGCAAAUGCAGGCGCAUGUCGCUCUGAGCUUGGCAGGUUGAGAUGGACGGUUUGUUCAUUUCUCUCUUGUCUGCCUUUUGUGAGUAAGAGCAUAUCAAUUUCUUCCAUUAUUUCCUGGUGUCAUUUAGGCUCAUCUUCUGUGUGACAUGCACCUGGUUUUGCUGUGACUGGUCACAUAUGUGUUAACAUGAUUCUUACUUCGUACACAGCAAAUAAA